AUGGGUGGCUCCAUCCCUGCUGCACAGCGAAGGAGCAUUUGUCAAUCACCACCGGUUUUUGACAGGUCCAGCUACAGCGUGGACGACCCGAACCAGCAGGGCUACGACUACAGCAACAAUGACCCCUACAACAAACAGUACAACUACUCUCAGCCCAUCGCGUACUCUACUCCGGGGAUGAUGCAGCAGCAGGCGUACACAGGACAGAUCUUUCAGCCCACACAGACCUACACUCCGUCAGCCUCACAGUCCAUGUACAACUCCACGUUUGACGACGAACCUCCGCUGUUAGAAGAAUUAGGCAUCAACUUUGACCACAUCUGGCAGAAGACGUUGACCGUGUUACACCCGCUGAAGGCAGCGGACGGCAGCAUCAUGAACGAGACUGACCUGGCCGGACCCAUGGUCUUCUGUCUGGCCUUUGGAGCCACGCUUCUCCUGUCGGGUAAAAUCCAGUUUGGAUACGUGUACGGCAUCAGUGCCAUCGGCUGCUUAGCCAUGUACUGCCUGCUGAACCUGAUGAGCAUGACGGGGGUGUCCUUCGGCUGCGUGGCCAGUGUCCUGGGAUACUGCCUCCUGCCCAUGAUCGUCCUCUCCAGCUUCGGAGUCCUCUUUUCACUACAAGGACUGAUGGGAGUCAUCAUAACUGCAUCCAUCAUCGGCUGGUGCAGUCUCUCGGCUUCAAAGAUCUUCAUCUCUGCUCUGGCGAUGGACGGACAGCAGCUCUUAGUGGCCUACCCCUGCGCUCUGUUGUACGGAGUGUUCGCCCUCAUCUCGGUCUUUUAA